AAGCUGUCCCAGAAAAGCUUGAAGGUCCAUACAAAGGUGUAGAAUCAGACAUGUCUUCAGAGGUAAAAGCUGUCCCAGAAAAGCUUGAAUGUCCAUACAAAGGUGUAGAAUCAGACAUGUCUUCAGAGAUAAAAGCUGUCCCAGAAAAGCUUGAAUGUCCAUACAAAGGUGUAGAAUCAGAUAUGUCUUCAGAGGUAAAAGCUGUCCCAGAAAAGCUUGAAUGUCCAUACAAAGGUGUAGAAUCRGGAGAAAAGCCUAGUGAGACUGCACCUCCACAAGUGAAUGGCACACCAGCCCCAGAAGAACUCAAGUCUGUUGACCUGACAACCCUCCGUGAAUCAUGUCCAGCAUUUGAUAAAGGCUGUCCUUUUGCACAGAUUGAAGAGAAGCUUAUCCCAACAGCUGACAUUAAGAAAUGCCCUGAAUUCAAAGAUGGUUGUCCAUUCAAAGGAAUGGAAAGCAUGGCUGAAGUCUAUGAAAAACUCUCCAAAAUUCCAGCAUUUGCAGGAAGUGAAUCUCAUGGGGCAAAGCUUCUUCAAACCUUGAAGGAAGUGCACAACCUCUCGAAAGAGCUCAGAGAGGAUAUGGGAGAAUGUCCAGUGUUUGCAAAUGAUGGAUGUCCUUUCAAGACCAUCUGCAGUGAUGGACGCCCACUGAUUGAGAAGCUAGAGUUUCGAAGAUGGACUGAGGUUCUCCAGACCACCAUCCAAGAUAACCUCAUGCAGGCUGCUGGUAAAGUUGCAGAUUCUGAACCAUCUAUCCAACUCUCCAAGGAAUUAAAGAAAGGUACCAAAGUGGUACACAGGGAGGCAGAAAAUGUCCACUUUGUCAAGGAGUUCAUCAAGGGUCGGAUUGAAAGUUACUGGUAUCGUGUGCUGCUUGCUGAUCUCUAUUUUGUUUACAAAGCACUGGAAGAGGAGAGCAGGAGACACAAAGACAACGAAUACAUAAAAGCCAUCCACUUCCCUCAUGAACUAGAAAGGACAGAGAUGAUCAAAGAAGACUUGGCCUUCUACUAUGGAGAAGACUGGGAAGAACGAAUCGAGCUAACAGAUGCUACCAAGGAGUAUGUAGAAAGACUGAAGAAGAUUGGCAACGAAGAUCCCAUACUGCUUAUCCCACACCACUACACAAGAUACCUUGGUGAUCUGUCUGGUGGGCUCAUCUUGAAGAAAAUGGCGACCAAAGCUAUGGAUCUGCCCUCAACUGGAGAAGGUGUUCGCUUUUAUUGCUUUGAUAAUGUCGCUGAACCAAAGAAAUUCAAGAAUAUCUACCGCUCACAGCUAGACAAGCUGCAGAUUGACCAAGAAACAUCAGAUAAGAUUGUGGAGGAAGCAAACCUUGCUUUCAUGUUCAACAUCAAAAUCUUCCGAGAAAUUGAUGCACUGGCUGGCUAUGAACAAGAAGAAAGUACAACAAAGAAGACCAAAGUUGAAGAAGAACCAGAAAAAGCAGCAGACAAUCCUACAUCUGACAAGUCACCAGAGCUGUGUCCAUUUGCAACGAUGGCAAAGAAUGCAAGGAAGGAACAAGAGAAGUUGCAAGAGGAACAAAAGCAGUCUUCUUUGGCAACACCUCUGAUCUUCGCCAUACUUGUUGCUGCAGUUGCUGUCUUCGUGGCAGUUUAUGCCUUUAAAAAAUAAAUCCUUAAUAUAUUCUGUUUUCUUAAGCCUGAAGGUGUGCUCUUAAAAUAUAAAAAACUGCGUGCAAAAAAAGUGCGCAAGUAUAGGAAGAAAAAUUUGUAGUUAAAAUUGAUUUUAAAGUUUGCCGAAUAUUCUAUGCAGCUAAGAGAAUAGUUUUAUAAUAAUUGCGGCUUUUUGGUGCAAAACUAAACAGCAAAAUAAUAUUUUGUUAACAGAAAAAAUCUGUUUAAGACGCAAUAAAGUAUUGGUUUGUUA